AUGUGCGUGUGCUCGCCAGGCGUGGACCUCGCGUGGAGCAGCAACGGGUACGUGUACCACACGCGGCUGGACACGGCCGACCGCGUGCCGCUGCCCGCCCUCCAGCGGACUGGAGACAACGUGCUCGCCCUCGCUCACGGGUUGCUGAGCAGCGAGCGCCUGGACCAAGAGACGGAGCGUGAGCGUCAGCCGGUGUUCUUCGACGUGGUGGGUGUGGUGGUGGUGUCUGCUCGCGCCUCGCUCGCCGCCGGCCUCGCCCUGCUGCUGGUGCUGCUCACCCUGCUGGCGCUGGGGCUGUCGGCCAGGGACGCCGCCAGGGAACUGUACCUGCCGGCGCGCCUGUGGCUCAAGCUGGUGAUGCUGACGGCGUGGCGGGCGCUGCUGUGCACGGCGGCCGGGGUCGCCGCCUCGGCCAGCGUGGCCCUGCUGCUGCACGUGCUCGGCGCCAGGAUGUGUUUCUACUCCCAGCCGGCGCUGCUCGUGCCGCUGUACGCUCUGCCCGCGCUGGCGGGGUCGUGGGCGGACGCUCGCCUGUCGGUGGGUGCUCGUCGCGGGCCGGCCGGGCUGCUCCGCGGCUGGGUGUCGUGGCGCGCCUGGCGGGACGCCCUGUCUCUGCUGACCGCCUCCUCCCUGGCGGUGCUCGUGGUCCUCGGUCUCCGCUCCUCGUUCCUGCCCGCCCUGUGGACCCUCCCCUCCCUCUCCCCGCUGCCCCUCCGCCUGUUCGCGGGCUCGUCCCCCCCUCCCCGCACGGCGGCCGUGCUCCACGCGGUUGGCGCGGUGUUGCCGGCCCUGCAGACGUCGUACCUGGCGCUCAACUCCAUCAACAUGUUCGUGCCCAUCAUGGGUCGCGCGGGCACGUCCUUCCUGCCGGCAGACGUGAUGAUGUCGGUGGUGGUGUCGUCCCUGACCCUGCUCACCUUCAGCUGGAUGCUGCCGCUCGUGGUCGCCGCCAAGAGACUCAACCUUCUGCUGUGCUCGCUGCUGGCCGCCAGCUGUGUGGGCGCGCUGUACUCGCUGAGUCCGCUGGGCGCGCCGUACAGCGACACGCGUCCUCAGCGGCUCAUGGUGUUCCACACUCGUCGCUCGUACACUCCGCCGGGCGCGCUCGAGCCCGCCUCCAUAGAAGACCUGUACUGGAUGCCGGAGCUGGACGUCAACACGCCGCACUCCAUGGACAAAUACAGCUAA